AUGUUGUGCUCUGGAGACCGUGAGAAAGGGGAUGUGGCAAUGGAAGAGAAAUGGGACUAUGUGAACUUGAAUGACUUCAAAUCCGAGUCUUGCUGGACCCCGUUCUCAUACUUCUUUAUAUGGGUGUUUCUGUUUGUCUCGCUUGCUGUCUAUGGCGUCGAUACAUUCACUGCCGUCAAUCUGAUUGCUUUUUCUCGAUGGUCUGGCAGAGUUGAACCAGCCAUUCCCUUUUAUAUCUCUCGAUGGAUUUUCGCCGCCUGCAUCAUCGCUUCUUUCGUUCUGUUGGCUUACCGUUGGAUACAUGCCAUCCGCGCCAUACGUUCGGGGAGCAUCACUCGAAGUUUUCUGGAUCCCUUGGCUGUGCGCAUUCAGAGUAUCCGCUUCGGCAAGCGGGGUCGUGGGUACAGGAGAUUCCUUGUCUUCGCUGAAUUGACAAAGGACAGAAAGGCCGCGGAAUACGUUGCUCUAUACGCAUACUUCUCCUUCCAGUUCUGGAUGAACACGAUCUUUGCAGAUGGUCCCCGUCAAGUUAUCAAUGGCAUCACUUUAUAUUCAGUCAUGCAGAUGGACCUUCUUCCUGGAGGGAAGAAUGCCGCUGAUGACGAUGGUAGUUCCUCCAUCGGUCAAUUCUUCAACAAUAUCAAGAUCCUGGCUGAAGAUAACAAUCUCCAAGCCGUGGUCCUUUUUGGUAUGCUUUUCACCCUCGUCAUUUGGGUUCUAUCAGUUCUCAAAUUGAUCUCGGCGAUCGUCCUCUAUUUGAUCUUCUUGUUCCACCAUAUUCCAGCGGAGGACGGUACUCUUUCCAGAUACUGCCGUCGCAAGGUCGGUCAACGUCUGAAAGGCAUUGUUCAUCGCAAAAACAACAAAGCUUUGGCAAAGGGACUCAGGCUACAGAACCGAGCACCCACCCAGCCAACCCUAGCCGCUUUCGAUACAAACCCAACUCUGCCCUCUUUUGCUGAUGACAAAGGUCCCGCGGUGGCUUCGUUGUCGAGAAGUACGACCCAAACCACUUUGCCAUCUUACUCGCGAUCGGCUUCAUCGACAGCGGUGGGACACAUCCCAACACUACCAAAUUUGGAGUUUGAUACCAAACCACCACUCGCCCGAACAGCAACUUCAUCUUCAGCAAUAUCCGAGUCUGCUUCAUUGACGGGCAAUGCAGCCGGGAUGGGAUACAGCCCCCUCGAUCGACACAACCCGACGCUUCCUCCAGUCCCACCGUUGCCGGCUAACAUUCCAUCGAGGAUGGCCACUCCUCAGUCUCACGCAACCCCCGGGCCGUAUGCCAAUGAUGGUCGUCAUAGCCCCGGGCGUGGAUAUCGCAACCUGACCGACCAUACAUCUGAUUCUCGUCCUUAUCGGAAUCAUCCAAAUCAUACCCCAGCGCCAGAUUAUGGUUCAACUGACAUGGAUGGUUCCGAUGAUCACGAAUACUUCAACCACGAUCGUGCGCCCGCUCACUACGACCCCUACGGUCCCUCAAGGACUGCGUACGGCGGAGAGGACGAAUACGGAGGAACAUAUGGCACCCCUGGUGGCCAGAGAAGGACAUCUCAACCACAGCAAGAUUACUAUCCCCAGGAUCCAUAUUCAACACGAUCCUACACGCCAGCUAGCACUGGUGGGACACCCGCUCCCUCUGCACGGUCCUACACCCCGGCAAGCUACCGACCCACACCUCCCCCACAAGCGGCUGCAUUGGCACAACCUCCCCCGAGGACGUUCACCCCAAUGAGCUCAGCGACCCCGCCUCCCCAAAAUGGUGCUUAUGCGGCUUUCAACCCGCAGAUUUCUUCUCAAGCACCCGACCCUUACUCCCAGAGGGCCCCUGCCGUGUCAGGCUACACACGAGCAAACACCGCAUCGCCCUCGGCCAUGCACCGCGCUCCACCAGGACACUCAUUCAACCGCGCCAAUACCCACCAAUAUUAA